CCUAGGCUUAGUUGUUACGUAUUCUCUCGCCAUCAUCUCGACGAAGCAUCUCCAUCUUCUAGCAGUUAGGUUCGAGACUUUCGGAUAUAUCCACUGUCUUGAGCGUUAUCGACUCACUUAGCCCUCAAAUAUACUACCUGUUACUCACGUGGUAAAUUCUUAAUUGAAGCUCAGUCAAACUGAGCUCAGAUCUUUUGACGUGGUUCAUUGUCAAUCUCAAUCCCCUACGCGUCCAGAUCUCCAGAUAAAUAACUCAGAACUUACGUCUUGGACUCGCUCCGGUUUAUUUUUUACGCGCCCAGUCAACGGAUGUCGCCCUCCGAUACACCUCCGGGCCCUGUUCCAUUUGGUCAGGAAAAUGCAGCGCUACAACCUACACCUACGGAAUGGUCUCUCAAGAGGCUCUGGAAUCGGACAAGUUUGCCAUACAGGGCAGGUUCGUCCGUAAUGCCUGGUGGUUCUGCUUCCCAAGCAGCCCAAGAAACCACGAAGGAGUCAAGGGGGGCAAGUAUUCGCUGGGCCCCACUCAAUGUUGGACUCGAACGGCGCUUACAGACUCUGGUGGUGUUAUGCCAUACUUUAACAAUUGCAAUUCUUUUAACAGCGUUCUUCUUCGUGUGUGCAAUCCCUUUAUUCUGGCCUAUUAUACUGCCUUAUCUUAUCUAUAUAUCCCUUUUUUCAACGGCAGCCACGUCAGGCGAUUUGAGCGGUAGGUGUGACUUUCUACGAUCACUCGGCGUAUGGUCAAUAUAUGCAUCGUAUUUCCCGGCCCGCUUGCAUCGGUCAGAACCUCUCCUCCCAACCCGGAAGUAUAUCUUUGGCUAUCAUCCGCAUGGAAUCAUCUCCCAUGGCGCUUUUGCAGCGUUUGCUACCGAGGCUCUUGGGUUUGCAGGACUCUUUCCUGGUAUCACCAACACCUUGCUUACGCUUGAUUCGAACUUCCGAAUCCCCUUCUACAGGGAAUAUGCACUAGCCAUGGGGAUUGCAAGUGUCUCGCGCGAAUCAUGCGAGAAUUUGCUAUCAAAAGGUGGUAUUGAUGGCGAAGGAAUGGGCCGUGCUGUAACUAUCGUCAUAGGUGGUGCGCGCGAGUCUCUUGAUGCUCUUCCGCAUACAUUGCGUCUUGUACUCAAGAGGCGUAAGGGUUUCAUUAAACUGGCAAUCCACACUGGCGCCGAUCUUGUGCCUGUACUGGCCUUUGGUGAAAAUGAUCUCUAUGAACAAGUGCGCUCUGAAAACCAUCCUGUUAUACACAAAUUGCAGAUGCUGGUCAAACACACAUUGGGGUUUACUAUUCCGUUAUUUCAUGCCCGUGGUGUGUUCAACUAUGACGUGGGUCUGAUGCCAUAUCGUCGGCCACUCAACAUUGUUGUCGGUCGCCCAAUCCAUGUUGUGCAGCAGCGGGAUAGGGAGAAGAUCGACGAUGAUUAUAUCAACCAUCUUCAUUCCUUGUACGUGCAGGAAUUAGAAAGAAUAUGGGAAGAGUGGAAAGAUAAAUAUGCCAGGGACAGAACAUCGGAGAUCGAAAUCGUUGCUUGAGACACACUAACAGCGAAGGUUUAUCGGAGAUAAAGGAAGAUUCUUUUGUAUCACUAUCUACUAUAUACAUAUGCUUAUAUAUACCUUUGCCUAGAUUUAUUAGGCACAUAAGGCUUCGGUGAGUACGGAGUAAGGGG